ACAGACAGUACCGCUCACAGACUACCCACACUGAGGACAUUUUUGAGAAAUGGUCCAAAUGGGCCAUGGAGGAACAUGGCAAACAUCAUAUGUGGGUCUUCAGGGAGGCAAUGCCAUGUGAGAGGAGACCAGAUUAGCUGUAGCUAGCCUGAUAGAUAUAGUCCGAAAGGCAGACAACUGGGAGGAGUAGCCAGGAUCAUGGCAGGAAUGGUGUUAGUCAGAAACUAAAAACAAGAGAACUAGAAACUGAGCUCUUAUGUCAUAACACCGGAACAUCCAGGAAAUGCCAUUAACAUUGGAAUAGUCGACCCAUCCUUCCUAACCGUAACUUCUUCAGCUGAAGCGGUGAACAGAUCAUGGAGCCACAACAUGUUAUUUCAUCAUCAUCACCAAAAUCAUCAUCUUCAGCACCGUGCUGCAUCGCCUGCAUUAUGACAGACGUGGAGCUGAUGAAGAGGAUGUUACGGGCGGUGCUGGCGGCCAAUAAGAGCGGGCCCGGGGUGUCUUUGUCUCGCCUCCAGUCUGAAUACAAAGCUCUGACUGGUGAACAGAUCCCUCAUAAACAGAUGGGUCAUGCCAGUCUGGACACCCUGCUGCACAGCAUUCCCAGUGUAGUUCACAUGGAGCGCAACCACACUGGGGAGAUGGUGUGUUUCGCCUCAGUCUCCAGCGAGACAGCCCACGUUGCCAAACUGGUGGCUCGACAGCGUACCUCCAAGAAGACUGGACGACCCCAAAUGGUUAACUGUCAGAUGAGGGUCAAACCGGCCGCCCCUCUCAUCCUCAAUGCCAAGCCCAGAACCUCUCUGAGACAGCCAGACCACAGGGGUCGCGGUGUGGGGCGAGGAGGAGGUGGGGGCGGCCGAGGAUUGGAAGUCCAGCAUGGAGACUUCAGACAGGGAAGGGACAUGAGGGACACCCAAUCAGAGGGAAAGAGCAAUCAGAGCUCCAACCAGAACAAACCAAUCAAUCAGAACACCCCUGCUACCAGGAAGUCCUAUGUGCCCUCUGAGAGGUCAGACAAAAGGAUGACCCUGCCGUCACUGUUCCAGAAGGAUGUGCACACUCAUUUCUCCAGGAACACCCAGAGCAACCUUCCCACAAACUUCAAAGAAUAUGCUGUCUCGGGGAAGCCCAAGCCACAUCACUACCCCAAGGACUACAACCCCUCACCCGGUGGGAACUACAACCCCCAGCAGGUGCAAGGUCGUAUCAGAGAGGUUCUGAACAAGUACAGUAAUGGUUUCUGGGUGUCCAAGCUGCCUCAGCUCUACAGAGAACUGUACAAACAGGACCUGCCUAGUGAAGCAAUCAAAGACUUGGAGCACUGGACACACAUCUGCACCGUAGAGAAAUCAUGCAGCGGCAACCCUAAUGAGUUACUCCUCUACCCGGCUAAGGAACCAAAACAAACACAGACCCCAUCCCCUGUCCCUACCAGAGUCCAAUACCCCACCUCCACCGCCUUCACCCCAUCCAUGGACAUCAAGCCCCAGUCAAAGCCCCCUACCACCCCCUCUACCACUACCAUGAGCCCCCUCCCACUCACCCCCCCCUCGUCCUCCCCUCGUCCUCCAGCCUCCCCCUCCAACCUCUCUCCCGACCUCAGACAAAAACUGGGAGAGCUUCUCGUCAAAUACAGCAAUGGUCUAUGGGCCCACGCCUUACCCAAACUCUACUUGGACACGUACAAAACCAAACUCCCAGAGCACGUCCUGGAGAAUCUCUCGCUGCUCUCCGACUUCUGCACCAUCGAAUACCCCAUGCCGGACAACCCCAAACGGGCCAUUCUGUACAAGAGGACCAGGGAGGAGAACCGCAACAGGAGGGAGUCAGUGGAGGAGCGCAGGGCCAGAGAGGAGGUGGGGAGGAGGCUCAGUACCCAGACUGUACCUCCUCUUCUCAUCCCCCGAGAGGAGUACCCCUCUGUGUUGGUGGGGGAGGCUGCUAAUACCAACGGAGUCAUACUCCGGUACAUAGGAGAGGGUUACUCCCAGGCACAGGAGGCUCUGGAGGACAAGAUGAGAGAAUUCUACUGUUGCCAGGACAACAACACCCGUACUUGUGACAAGAAAAGUGGUACACCCCUGGCCUCCCUAACCUCUGGUCAGCUGGCUGCCGUCAGGACUGAGGAGGAUGAGGAGAUACUACGAGCACAAGUCACAGAGGUCAUGGCCGACAAGGUCAAGGUUUACUAUGUGGAUCACGGGUUUUCAGAAGUCAUCAGCAAGGCCAAAGUGUUUGAGCUGCAUGAGAAGUUUUCCAGCCUGCCUUUCCAGGCCUCCAAGUGUCAAUUGGCUGGUCUGGAGCCUUUCUGCCAGGAGCCUGCUGUCCUGAAGAAGUUUGAGUUCAUGGCCAGCGGCAAGAUCCUAUUGGCUGAAAUCCUAGAGAGAGGGCAGACCCCAUUGGUGGUCCUGUACGACACGUCGCAGGAUGAUGAUGUCAACAUCAACGCUGCAUGUAUCAAAGCCCUGCAGGACAAGACUCUGGCCAGCCCCCUACAGGUGAACAGUGCCUAUAUGAACGUGGCUGUGAGAAGUGUGUGUUCAGACGGGACCUUCUACUGCCAGCUCCCGUCUCGAGGUCUGGCCAAACUCACUGAGAUCCUGGAGAAGGCUGGGGCAUACUUCCACUCACAGGGGACGUCCGAGUUCCUGGUGUCCAGACCGUUCUGUGGGAAAGGCUGUCUGGCGCGCUACAAAGGCAAAUGGUCUCGCGUGGAGAUCACUAACCUCCAUGGUAGUCGUGUGUUGGACAUCCUCUUCAUAGACCUGGGGGUGCAGGCCUCAGUGGAGGUUAUUGAGCUGAGGGAAGUCCCACCUCCUUUCCUAUGGGACCUGAUUGCCAUCCCACCACAGGCGGUGAAGUGUUGUCUGGCUGACCUGACUGUGAGUGGUGUGGGCUCCUGGCCUCCAGACGCUGUUCAGUGGUUCCGAGACGCUGUGCUCAACUCCACAGACUGCAGUGUGAAGAUCGCCAAGCUGGAUGAGACCAAGCGCAGUGUAGCCCAUGUCUACCUGUUCCCCGACAAGAACUUCCAGGACCCCGCGAGGAGUCUCAACUGCCAAAUUGCUGCCUCGGAUCUCUUCAAACACAGAGGGGACCACUGCCCUUCCAAGACCUCCACUUGUACCUCCAUUGCCACCCUCACCUCUACCCCCAAGACCACAACCACCACCACACCCAGCUCCAACGGGACCAAGCCCCAGCUGAGACGUGCCCGCUUGGAACCAAGGCCGACAGGGGGUACAAGCACCCCUCCGGGGACUCCCCCACCUCCCUCAUCCACCACACCUAUCAAGCUACCCCUGCUGCUGGAACUACCCCCCGCAGGUCAUAACAUGGAUAUCUAUGUGUCGGUGGCGUGUCAUCCGGGCCACUUCGUAGUGCAACCUUUGAGAGAUAUGUACAAGCUGGUGGUUCUGAUGGAAGAGAUGAUCCUGUACUAUAAUAAAACAGAGGAGAAGCCUCUCAAAGGGGAGAAGAACCAGAUAUAUGCAGCCAAAGUAGAGAACAAUUGGCACCGUGUGCUGGUGAAGGGGGUGUUGACCAACGGUCUGGUGUCGGUCUAUGAACUGGACUAUGGUAAACAUGAGCUGGUCAGCGGCACACAGCUCCGCCCCCUCAUACAGGAGUUCCGACUGCUACCAUUUCAGGGCAUCACCGCACAACUCGCAGGAGUGAAGCUGAGGCAGUGGUCAGAGGAGGCUUCCAUCUUGUUCCGGAACCAUGUGGAGAAGAAGCCGCUGGUGGCCCAGCUGGAGGCCGUACAGGAUGCGCAUCACCCCUGGGACAGGAAGUUGACCGUCUUCCUGGUUGACACCUCGCAGGAGGAGAGGGACAUCUGGGUUCACGACAUCAUGGCCGAGUUCGCUGACGAACUCACCAAAGAAGUGUAGUUAGAUCAACCCUGUGCACAACAGUGCAUCUAGAGUGCUGGUUAUGGCAGGAACAACUAGGUAGGUCUAUUCAAAACAAAUGUAAAAAAAAUAUAUAUAAUAAAGUAUAAACAUUUUGAAUAUCUAAGUGUAGUUGGAUGCUGUACUUUUCUACGGGUGUUGCGAGAAACCAGAACUGUUGCCGUUACAAUGGGAGACAGUUGGAAGGAGAGGAGACUUGGACUUGUUGUGCUUGAGAGUGGGGGGACACAGUGAAACACACUCGCUCACAGUAUGGGAUGGCAUUCUGAUCAAAAGCUCAAUAAUAUCACCAUCGUGCCGACUUUCCUAAAAGCUUUGCCACACAGAGGAGUUGUCAUAAUCUGUUGAAUGUCUAGCCGUGAUAUGGGGUGGGUUUCCUGACGCCUUCGCUCAUAUUGUACUUUUGUUUUCUUGACUCAAUAAAUAUGUAUGUGAUACAUAAGCUGCAUUAACAAUCAAUACACAAUAAGUGUUUACAGUGCAUUCAAACUAUUCAGACCCCUUGACUUUUUCCACAUUUUGUUACAUUACAACCUUAUUCUAAAAUGUAUUAAAUAUAUAUUUUUUUCUCAUCAAUUUUCAUACAAUACCCGAUAAUGACAAAGCGAAAACAGCUUUUUAUAAAUGUUUGCUAAUUUAUUAAAAAUAAAAAAAUGAAAUGCCUUAUUUCCAUCUCUGCAGCACUCAACCAAUCAGGCCUUUAUGGUAGGGUGGCCAGACGGAAGGCACUCCACAGUAAAAGGCACAUGACAGCCCACUUGGAGUUUGCCAAAAGGCACCUAAAGGACUCUCACACUAUGAGAAACAAGAUUCUCUGGUCUGAUGAAACCAAGAUUGAACUCUUUUUGGCCUGAAUGGCAAGCAUCACGUCUGGAGGAAACCUGGCACCAUCCCUACGGUGAAGCAUGGCAGCAUCAUGCUGUGGGGAUGUUUUUCAGCAGCAGGGACUGAGAAUCUAGUCAGGGUUGAGGGAAAGAUGAACGGAGCAAAGUACAGAGAGAUCCUUGAUGACAAUGAUCCUAAGCACACAACCAAGACAAAGCAGGAGUGGUUUUGGGACAAGUCUCUGAAUGUCCUUGAGUGGCCCAGCCAGAGCCCGGACUUAAACCCGAUCGAACAUCUCUGGAGAGAUCUGAAAAUAGCUGUGCAGCGAUGCUCCCCAUCCAACCUGACCGAGCUUGAGAAGAAUGGGAAAAACUCCCCAUACAGGUGUCAAGCUUGUAGCAUCAUACCCAAGGAGACUUGAGGCUGUAAUCACUGCUGACGGUGCUUCAACAAAGUACUGAGUAAAGGGUCUGAAUACUUAUGUAAAUGUGAUAUUUCAGUUUUGUAUUUUUUAUAAAUGUGCAAACAUUUCUAAACCUGUUUUUGCUUUACACAUUAUAAUAUAUAAUGACAGACUGAUAAGGGGGAAAAACUAAGUCUGUAGCGUAACAAAAUGUGGAAAAAGACAAGGUGUCUGAUUACUUUCUGAAUGCCCUGCAACUCCACUUAUCAAAGACUGUUGUGAAUUAAGACAGUUACAGUACGAAGGCCUUUACCGAGACUUCAGUCUGACGUCAUGAAGGUUUACAAAACAUACUUAAAGGGAUAGUUCAGCUAAUCUUUUGGUCCAUAGACUGCUUUGAAGGUCAAAUCGCUGAACUGUCUCUCUAAAAAUAUAUUGCCUCUAGUCAGUUGAUGAUGCAAAGAAGCCAUUGUUAUUUCUCUUUCCCGCUCAUGUGACUUAGAUCUGUUGGGAAAAAAAUAAAAGUGGGUUUUCAUUUAUUUAUUUUUCAAGUGUUGAAUUUGUGCCAGACGACAAGACUUUCUGCAGAUAUCCUUAGGGGCCAAGGGGCUUUUCUGGCCAUGUGAACUGAGAAAAACUCUAGUUUGUUACAAUAUUAGGCUAGUACUGCACGAUAUAUUGGAAAUUUUGCUGAAUUGUUGAAUUACCGUUGGGAGUGAUGGUUUGGCUGGAGUUUAGCCAUUUUUACAUAUUUUGAUAUUUUUUCCUAACUUUGAAAUCAGUCUACAGACAAGGAAUGACUAAUCCACACUUUGGUUUUGUUUAAAUACACUGCUUUCAUGGGGAGGAAACAAAAAUAUAUAAAAUCGCUGAACUAUU